AUGUCUCGCCCGUAUGAAAGAAUGCUUCAGCCCCUUAAUCUCGGUUUUACAACGUUAAGAAAUCGUGUUAUUAUGGGCAGUAUGCAUACUGGUUUGGAGGAUGUAAAGGGUGAAAAAAUACAGAGGAUGUGUGAUUUUUAUGGUGAAAGAGCGAAAGGAGGAUGUGCUUUAAUUGUUACUGGUGGAUUUUCGCCUAAUUUUGAAGGGAAACUUACUCCUUUUGCACCCAGUAUAUCUUCCCAUUCCGAUCCACUGGAGUAUAAACCGGUUACUGAUACUGUGCACAGGGAAGGAGGGAAAAUAGUGAUGCAGCUGUUACAUUCUGGACGAUAUGCCUAUAGUCCGUUGUGUGUGGCUCCUUCUUCUGUACCAAGCCCUAUAUGGCCUUUUAAAGAUUAUUAUUUACGUCCAAUUGCAUUACCAAAACUUUGGAUAAGAAAAACUAUAAGAGAUUUUGCAAGGGCCGCCGUCUUUGCUAAAAAUGCUGGAUUUGAUGGAGUUGAAAUUAUGGGUUCAGAGGGAUAUUUGCUUAAUCAAUUUAUAGUGAAGCAUACGAACAAGAGAAGAGAUGAAUAUGGUGGAUCAUUUGAAAAUCGAAUUCGAUUUCCUCUAGAAGUUUUAAAAGCUGUUCGUGCAGCUGUGGGAAAGGAAUUUAUAGUUAUAUUUCGUGUUUCUAUGCUUGAUUUAAUUCCUAAUGGAUCAACUCAAAAAGAAACUUGGACCUUUGCUGAAGAAGUAGCUAAAUCUGGAGCAGAUAUUAUUAAUACUGGUAUUGGUUGGCAUGAAGCAAGGAUACCUACAAUUGCCACUUCUGUUCCUCGUGCUGGUUUUACUUGGACAACUUCUGCUUGCCGAAAAUAUCUAAGAGAGAAAGGUAUUAAAGUACCUCUCAUAGCAGUUAAUCGUAUUAAUCAUCCUGAUGUUAUUGAACAAGUUCUUCGAGAAGAUGCCGAUCUUGUGGCGAUGGCACGUCCUUUUUUGAGUGACCCUUAUUUUGUUAAAAAAACCAUUGAAGGUAAUGUUGAUAAAAUUAAUAUUUGUAUUGGAUGUAAUCAGGCUUGCUUGGAUCAUACUUUUAAAGGUAGGUUAUCAUCUUGUCUUGUAAACCCAAGAGCUUGUCAUGAAAAAGAGCGAAGAGUUCUUCCUGCAAAAGAAAAAAAAAGAAUUGCUAUUGUUGGAGGUGGUCCAAGUGGUGCUUCUUGUGCUUUGGUUUUGGCGGAAAGAGGUCAUAAUGUAACAUUAUAUGAAAAGGAAAAUUCUCUUGGUGGUCAAUUUAAUCUGGCAAAAGAAAUUCCAGGAAAAGGUGAAUAUAUGAGUAGUAUUCUUUACUGGAGAAAUUCCUUGGCAUCCUUUAAAAAUGUUACUAUUCGUCUUGGAACAAAAGCGGAUGGUGCAUUAUUGAAAAAAGAAAGAUAUGAUGAAAUUAUUAUUGCUACUGGUUGUCUUCCUAGGCAAAUUAAUAAUUCUGUUAUUAAAGGUGUAGAGGGUUUAAAAAAUGUUUUUUCUUACCUAGAUGUCUUAUCUGGGAAGAUUGAUGUAGGUGAGAACGUUGCUGUAAUUGGAGGAGGUGGAAUUGGUUUUGAUGUGGCUUAUUUUCUUGUAGAAGAACAUAAUAAAAUGAUUUAUUCCAAGUAUUGUAAAGAAAAUCCAAGUGAAUUUGCAAAACAAUGGGGAGUAGAUCUUGAUUUUAUCGUUCCAGGAGGCUUAAAAAAGUCAAAUAUUGGCAAUCCGAAGCGCAAUGUUACCAUGUUUCAACGGAGUAAGGGCAAAAUGGGAGCCCGAUUGGGUGCUACUACUGGUUGGAUUCAUCGUCUUGAACUUCGUUCUCAUAAUGUAAGACAAAUAUGUGGCGUAAACUAUGAAUCAUUUGAUGGAAAAACUCUACUGUAUAGCAUCGAUGGUAAACUCCAUGAAUUAGAUGUUGAUUCAAUUGUUUUUUGUCAUGGUCAACAAUCUGAUCGAAGAAUUCUUGAAGGACUUAAAGGUGUUGAAUAUCAUUUGAUUGGUGGUUGUUUUAAAGCUAAUGAGUUAGAUGCGAAGCGGGCCAUAUUACAGGGUCACGAACUGGGAUUAAAAAUAUGA